GCCGCUCUUCCUGGGUUUGGGGUCGUUUCUCGGAGUUACGUGUGAUUUUUGACAUUCAACCCUCCUCUACCAGCAAUAGGCUGCAUGAGUUGGGGGCGGGCUUCCGCAAUCCUGUUCGGCGCAGGGGCCGCUCUGCUUCUGUCGCUUCUUUGGAUGCCGGCGCUGCUGCCUGUGGCCUCUCGCCUUCUCUUGCUACCCCGAGCUCUGCUGACCAUGGCUUCCGGAAGCCCCCCGUCCCAGCCCUCGCCGGCCUCGAGCUCAGGCUAUGUUCCCGGCUCAGUCUCUGCAGCCUUUGUCACCUGCCCCAACGAGAGGGUCGCCAAGGAGAUCGCCAGGGCUGUGGUGGAGAAGCGCCUGGCAGCCUGCGUUAACCUCAUCCCUCAGAUUACAUCCAUCUAUGAAUGGAAAGGAGAGCUUGAGGAGGACAAUGAAGUGCUGAUGAUGAUUAAAACCCGAAGUUCCUUGGUUCCAGCUUUGACAGAUUAUGUCGUGAGACCGACGGGUAGUGAGGCGGGUUCCGUGCACCCUUACGAAGUGGCCGAGGUGAUCGCAUUGCCUGUGGAGCAGGGGAACUCCCCAUAUUUGCAUUGGGUGCACCAGGUUACAGAGUCAGUUGCGGACUCCAGCACAGUCCUACCAUGAUGAGCCCGGUUCCUGCCAUGUUCCCCUUGUAUAUUUCAAUGCCCUUUGACUUGCAGUGAUAACUGGGCCCCUAAUAAAUCCUGUCUGUGGUUCUCUCUG